AUGGCGUCCGAUGAAAAACGAGAAAAAAAGAGGAAAGCGAACUGGACACAGGAUGAAUGUUUGAUUCUAGCCACCUUUGUAAAUGAAAAGAAGCACAUUCUGCGUUCCAAAUUAGGGCCUAACCUUACAUCUAAAAUGAAAAAAGACACUUGGGAGAGGGUGAUGGAGCAACUCAACGCGUCGUCAAGUACGCCGAGGACCGUCGAAGAAGUGGAAAAAAAAUGGCAGAAUAUCUUGUCAACAGCCAAAUCUGAGAUUUCCUCUUACAGAAAGGAGGUAACUGCCACAGGCGGAGGACCUCCCUCAAAACCUCUCAGUGCUGUAGCAGAGACAGUACAAAUGGUAAUUGGGGAAACAAAUUCUAUAAUAAGUGGGAUAGAUGGAGGCAUUGACUCUUCACAGGUUCUACAUCUUUUUACAGAUGAAAAUGUUUGUUCCAUUCAGUUUUUACAAGAAGCAAGUUCCAACAAUCAUCAGCAUGUAGCAUCAGCAUCAACUAGCAUUCUGCCACUAUCCCCUGGUUUGUUAUCACCAACUCCUACAUCAACUUCGCCAUUGCCUGUGGUGACACAAAAGUCACCUUUGAUGCCCCGCACAAUAGCACCAGUAAUGUCAAGAAAGCCAUCUCAAAGCAAGCAAGAUUUGAUUGAGGAGUUGACUGUAAAGAAGCUAAAAUUAGAGAUAGAAUAUUUCAAUUUGAAAGUAAAGGCCCUCCAACGUAAACUGGAAGAGUGAGGAUUGAAAAUUUUGAAGUGACCUUUUACAAUAAAGGAGGAAUACCGAACCAAAAUGUUAUAUAAUGAAUCUUUAAAGACACUAUCUCUCUUUUUAAUUCAGUUUUAUUUCAAUCUGGAUUGGUUCAAAUUUUAAAAAUAUCUUAUAUGUAAUCAAACCAUUUUAGCUCACCUGAGCUGAAAGCUCAAGUGAACUUUUCUGAUCACCUGUUGUCCGUCGUCUGUCCGUCCGUCCAUCUGUAAACUUUUCACAUUUUCAACUUCUUCUCAAGAACCACUGGGCCAAUUUUAACCAAACUUGGUACAAAGUAUACUUACCUGAAAGGGAGCUUAAAUUGUUAAAAUAAAGGGCCAAGUCCAAGUGUGGUAUUCCUUCUUAUAUUCCAGUAUAUAAAGAAAUCUAUACAUACUUUUUAUCUCACUUGAGCUGAAGGCUAGAGUGUUUCUGAUCGAAGAGUGUCCGGCAUCUGUCCGUCAUUUGUAAACUUUUCACAUUUUGGACUCCUUCUCAAGAACAACAAGGCCAAUUCCAACCAAACUUGCAACAAAGCAUCCAUGGGUGAAAGGGAUUCAAGUUUGUUUAAGUGAAGUGGCACACCCUCUUUCAAGUUGAGAUAGUUAAGAAUUUGUGAAAAAUUAAAGGCAUCUUUUUGAAAUUUUCUUCUCAAGAACCAUUGGGCCAUAAAAGAAUAAGAAGAAAAAAGACUUCAUUGAAGGUUUCAUUUCAUAGUGUAGAUUCAAGUUUGUUCAAAUCAUGCCUCAUCCCUAGCCCCCUUUUUUGAAAAGGGGGGGGGGGUGAGGGUUGGACUACUAUAUAUUUGAUCUAUU